AUGGCAGCUGAUUCCUUGGCAUUGCCGAAGCCCGUCACAAAGACGGGCUCGACCUUCUUGAACUGCCCAUUUUCCAAGUUGAUUGCCGAGCGUUCUGCGGACCUUGCAGAGCUGAAAGUCGAACUUAACGCGGCGUCCAAAGACCACACACAUAUGCUGGACGACAUCGCUCUCGUUCGUUACCUUUGUGGUUUUGGCAGCGUCAAAAACACCUGUUCAGCCAUCCUGGCGGCGCAGCAGCUGAAAAAGACCAAGGCUGAGAUUCUCAAUGCAGCUGACGCUGGGCAGCCCUGCCCCGGCACGCAGAAGAUUGAGCCUUACUCGAAGUUCCACAUGUGGUCAGCAGAUGAGAGGAUGCUCUUCGUUGUCCCGGUUGCGCAGACCGACUUCAAGCAACUGCUGAAGUCAGCCAGCUCGGAGGACAUUGUCAACUACAGCCUGCACACCGCACGGAGGUUGUGGUGUUGGGUGGACAGGAUUUCGCGUGAGACAGGCCGCAUCAUGAAGUACGAGGUUGUCUGCGACUUCUCGGGCUUUUCCUUCCUCACCGUGCCCCCCCGCGCAUACGUCAAGGCCAUGUCACAGAUGAGCGAGAUGUCUGAGGUCUUGCACCCCCUGUCCAUGGGAUCAACGACUGUUACAGGCUUGCCGGGAGCUCACCUCGCCAGACGAUUGAGCCGCAUGUUCAGGCCAUUCUUGCCCAAAUCCAUGGCUGAGACGCAGAUUUGCUGCGGAGAUCGGCGGAAGCAGUCGCCAGCAUCAUGCCCGUAUUUGCAGAGACACUUCGCGGACGAUAUCCAGUCGCUGUCGAGUCUUCUCAGCGGAACAUGCCCUGUGACUGGCCGUGCUGCUGACAUCGAGCCAAAUUGGACGGAGAAGGAGUUUGUGGACUUCGAGGCCAAUGUGGCAGCCAUUGACCCUGACAGGAUCGAUGCCAAGCCAACAAUCUCACUGUGA